GUGAUUUUGGGAUAGAGUAGGUAAUUUUGUGAUUUUGUGCAGAUAUUUAGAUAAAUUUGAACCGAAAAUAGUCUGUCGACAUAACUUAAAUUAUACUGUGUUAGCUGAAUAUAAAAAAAACAUCGAUUUAUCUUUAAAUUUAAGUACUUUUCAACAGGUGUCCAUACGAUAGGAUUGGAAAUAAUUUUACACCUAACAUAUUUUUUGAUAUUUCGUGUUUAUUAUACGUUUCAGUGAUUAUGAUUGUUGUUAAAACAUAUCCAAACACUGUUAAUAUCUCGAUCGACAUAUUUGAAUAUUGAACGGGCUUUUCGCGGUUCAACGUCGACAAGUAUUUUGACGAUGUUCAUUUCGAACAUAAAGAGCAAUAGUUGAUCGUAUUUUGUGUAUCUAUUUACAAUGGGCCUGCUGAUAUCAAAAAUUUGGAGCUUGUUCGGAAACGAAGAACACAAGCUGGUACUAGUUGGGCUUGAUAAUGCUGGUAAAACAACAAUACUGUACCAACUUCUUCUUGGAGAAGCUGUUCACACUCGACCAACAAUUGGUUCCAAUGUUGAGGAAGUUGUGUGGAGGAACCUGCGCUUUGUCAUGUGGGACCUUGGUGGCCAACAGAGCUUGCGAUCUGCAUGGAACACUUACUAUACCAACAGUGAAUUUGUCAUUAUGGUGAUAGACUCCACUGACCGGCAGCGUUUGGGCAUAAGCCGCGAGGAGUUGCACCGCAUGCUCACUCACGAAGAACUUAGCAGAGCUUGCUUGCUCGUGUUUGCUAACAAACAGGACGUGAAGGGGUCGAUGACCGCUGCCGAGAUAUCCGAGCAGUUGGACCUUACGUCUAUCAAACAGCAUCCGUGGCACAUCCAGGCGUGCUGCGCUCUCACAGGCGAAGGAUUGCAUUUGGGCCUUGAAUGGAUCGCAAGUCGCAUCAAGAAGAAAUGACACCGUACACCACAGCUUAUAACGAUCCUCUUCCUUUUUAUGUCAAAGUAUAUUUCUCGUACACAA